GGGUAAUUGAUUAUUUAAUCUGCUUCUUUUAUCGGCGCCUUUUUUUUUGCAUGAAUGCUUAUUUUUCCAUCCGAGAAAAUAAAGACGUUUAAAGAUCCUUUACAAGUUUACAUCACUUCCUAAUCAUACCGACUAGGAUCGAUGUACACAAAAUGGCACGUCGUGUAGUUGCCUACGAUGACAUAGCCCUUCAAUCAGCUGGUAAUGUAACGUUGCCUCCCCAACCUUCAUCAUCAUCAUCUACUCUUCCCAAGGCAAGUUCACCUACAAAUGGUAAAACACGAGAUCAUUGGACAGAAGAAGGUCGUCCAAUCACAGCAAGUGCAGCUAGAAAGUAUCGAAAAGUGUUACAAUUACUAGGAUCAGGAAAGAUUGAAGAUGCAAAAGACAUGCUAAAACGAACAGGAACAGCUGAAAAAAGCACCGAGAUUCAAGAGGCAUUGGCUUGGGCAACGAAAAAGAGACAAGGUUCACAGGGUGAAACAUCUGCUCAGCCCAAUGGACAUAUCCCUAAAACCAACGGGGCUGUAGCAGUCGGAGAUGGCCCGCAACUCGAGGAAGAUGAGGAGGAUGGAAAUACAAGUCUGGUUGGAACAUCUAUAUCCUGGCAAGGUACGAAUCAGCCAAGCAGUGGAAAAGGGAAAUCAUUAUCACAUGCUGAAAUCUGGGAUGACAGCGCUUUGAUCGAUGCAUGGGAUGCCGCAAUGGACGAAUACAAACAGUUCGAUGAAAUGCGAAAAGCCCAUCAAAAUAAGAAAAAUGGAAAACGAAUCAGGGAGGAAGGGGAUAUAGAUGCAAAUACUCCUGCUUCUAAGAGAAGCUCUCUAUGGCAUGAUUCGCCAGAUGUUGGAUCAGAGACGGCACAACAGGCUAAACAGGCGGCUGAAAUAGCAAAGGAGACUGAAAAAGAAUUGCUCAUACGAAAAAAGCGAGAAGCGAAAGAGUUGCUUGCACAAAUCAUGCCAGAAGAGGAAGAGGAAGACUUUGAAGGUGCAGUUCUGAGCGGUGAGUACGACACACCACCAUCCAAAGAUGUUCCUGGCAAUGAAGCAUGGAAGGAAGCUUGUGAAAUUGUGUCGAAUACGCCAAAUAGAAUCGCAGGCUCGACUGAUCAAAUUCCUCAAACGUAUGAUCAAGCGUUCUCAAAUGGUGCGACGGCUGCCACUUCAUCGACUGCCCAAGGCCGUAAUACAACCACCCAAACGAUGAGCCAAGAAGAUGUUCUGCAGAAUCUAGCCAUGUCGUGGUAUUAUGCCGGAUAUUAUCAAGCGAUGGCUGUUCAAAUGACACAGCAGCAGCAACAGUAAAAGAUACGCUGAUUCAUAUACCCUCUCUUGUUGUAUACUAUUCUGUCACAAUUUGAAAUGUCUUCUAAGACGGCAGCCAAGGAUUGAUUGCAGUCAGGAGUCU